AUGCCUGGAAUUGUGUGCAUUGUGCUGGGGAUGUUGCUAUUUGGCAGGGUGUCCAAAGGGGAGACUUUCCACCCCUCCUUGGUGAUGGACAUGGCAAAUGUGCUUCUGGAGAAUUAUUGUUUCCCGGAGAACCUGGUUGGGAUGAAGGAAGCCAUCCAGGAAGCCAUUGAUAGCGGAGAACUCCUCCACAUAACCGAUCCCCAAACCUUGGCUGUUGUGUUGAGCGCUGGUGUCCAGGAAUCCUUGAACGACCAUCGCUUGGUGGUUUCCUACAAGCCUGGCUUCUCCCUCUCAGGCCUCGGGCAGGUCACUCAGCCCAGCCCCGAGAUGCUUCUGGCCCUGAUCAACCAGUCGAUCAGCUUCUCUAUUUUGGAGGACAACGUGGGCUACUUGCGAAUCGAUCAUAUCCUGGGAGAGGAAGCCAUCAGAAGCAUUGGCCCAAUGCUGGUGGACAUGGUUUGGAAGACCAUCAUCCACACGGACACUUUCAUUCUGGAUCUGCGCUACUGCACCAGCGGGGAGGUGUCUGGCAUCCCGUUUUUGGUCUCCUAUUUCUGCGACCCGGAACCCAUACUCCAUAUCGACUCAGUUUACCACCGUCCGUCCAACUCCACCCAGGAGACGUGGACUCUGCCAAUUCUGUUGGGCGAGAGAUACGGCAAGGACAAAGACCUGGUGGUCCUCAUCAGCCGGAACACGAAAGGCAUCAGUGAGGGCAUCGCUUACCUCCUCAAACAUCUCAACAGGGCCACUCUAGUGGGCGAGCACACAGCGGGGGGCUCACUGGACCUGCAGACAUUCAGGAUCGGAGAGACUGACUUCUUCAUCACCAUGCCGGUGUCUAGAUCCAUCAGCCCCAUCACCGGGCAGAGCUGGGAGGUAAGCGGGGUCUUCCCUUGUGUGCCUGCCGCCGCCCAGGAUGCUCUAGAGAAAGCUAAGUCCAUCCUCGGAAUCAGGAAAGCGGUGCCCGGUAUGCUCCAAACCGUAUCGAGGCUUCUCCGCACCUAUUAUUCCUUCUGGGAGCGGGUGCCCACCUUGGUUCAGCAGAUAUCCAAAGUCGAUCGCUCCUCUGUGGUCUCCGAAGAAGAUCUGGCCUCUAAGCUCAACUCAGAGCUUCAGAGCGUCUCCGAGGACCCACGCCUCAUUGUGAAGGUUAUGUCAGAGCCCCCGGUCACCAGAGAGUCCAGCCCGACCAGUGACAAGCUCCCUGAAGACCCGACCUUCCUCCAAGCCUUGGUGGAUACCGUGUUCAAAGUCAGCGUACUGCCUGACAACACCGGCUAUUUCCGAUUCGAUGAAUUCCCCGAGAUCUCGGUGAUGAGCAAACUGGUUCAAUACAUCAUAGAGAAGGUGUGGUUGCCUGUAAAUACCGAUCGCUUGAUCGUGGACCUCCGACACAAUGUGGGGGGCCACUCUUCCGUGGUGCCUCUAUUGCUCUCUUAUUUCUAUGACCCGGAACCACCUGUUGGCCUCUUCACGGUGUACAACAGGCUGACCAACACCACCAGCCACUUCACCACCUUGCCUGGCGUGGGUCAACACGUGUACGGGUCAAGGAAGGACAUUUACGUGCUCACCAGCCACCGCACCGCCACAGCAGCCGAGGAGCUUGCUUACCUCUUGCAGUCACUGAACAGGGCCACAAUAGUUGGGGAGAUCACCUCGGGUUCCUUGCUUCAUUCCAGGUCAUUUCAGAUCCCAAGUACCCACUUGGUGAUCACCAUCCCCUUCAUCAACUUCAUGGACAACCACGGGGAGUGCUGGCUGGGCGGCGGAGUGGUGCCCGACUCUAUAGUCCUAGCGGAGGACACGUUGGAGAGGACCAAGGAGAUCAUUGGGUUCCAUGCUCAAGUGGCUGAGCUGGUGGAGAGCACGGGCAAACUGCUGGCUGUCCAUUACGCUAUUCCCGAGGUGGCUGCCGAGGUCAGCGCGGUGUUGAGUGCUAAGUUGACCCAGGGUCUGUACCGAUCUGUUGUGGAUUGGGAGUCGCUGGCUUCUCGGUUGACAGUGGACCUGCAGGAAACCUCUGGAGAUCACCGCCUUCACGUUUUCUAUAGUGAUCUGCAGCCUGAGGUCACGGACGGCAGUGCUCCCAUUAUCCCAUCUCCUGAGGAGCUCAGUCACAUCAUCAAAGCACUCUUCAAAGUGGAAGUGUUGCCCAAUAACAUAGGCUACCUGCGGUUUGACAUGAUGGCGGACGCUGAGAUCAUCAAGGUUAUUGGGCCCCAAUUGUUGGAUCAAGUGUGGAACAAACUGGUGGACACAGAUUCCCUGAUCUUUGACAUGAGGUAUAACACCGGGAGAUAUUCCACGGCCAUUCCAAUUUUAUGCUCCUACUUCUUUAAGGCAAACCCCGUCCGCCACCUCUACACCGUGUUUGACCGCUCCACCUCAGCAAGUACCGAAAUAUGGACCCUGCCCAAAAUACUUGGCCGAAGAUACGCCUCUAGGAAUGACAUCUACAUUCUCACCAGCCAUAUUACAGGCUCGGCCGCCGAGGCUUUCACAAGAACGAUGAAAGAACUCAAUAGGGCGACAGUCAUAGGCGAACCAACUGUAGGAGGCGCCCUAUCCGUCAGUACGUACAGAAUAGAAAACAGCCACCUCUAUGCAUCUAUUCCUAACCAGGUGGUGCUAAGCGCAGUUACAGGGAAAGUGUGGAGUGUUUCCGGAGCGGAACCACACGUUAUAGUCCAAGCUAACGAGGCCAUGACUGUCGCCCUUGGCAUCAUCAAUCUCCGUGCCAAAAUACCCUCCAUAUUCCAGGCAGCUGGCAAACUGGUGGCCGACAAUUACGCUUUUGCUCAAACCGGUGCGGGAGUAGCUGAAACGAUAGCGGAUUUGAUUGAAGGCACUGGCUACGGCAUGAUUAACACUGAGGGUAAAUUGGCUGAGGUUCUCUCAGACACCCUUCAACAAUUGUCGGGUGAUAAGCACCUCAAGGCAGUUCAUAUCCCUGGAGAUUCCAAGCAUCAGACACCAGGUAUCGCCAUGAUACAGAUGCCACCUCCCGAGAUACUUGAGGACUUGGUUAAAUUUUCAUACCAGACAAAAGUCUUAGAGAAUAAUGUUGGUUACCUUCGAUUCGACAUGUUCGGAGAUAAUGAAAUGAUCACCCAAGUCUCUGAAUUAAUGGCCAAGCAUGUGUGGAAUGUUAUCGCAAGCACCAGCUCUUUGAUUGUAGAUCUCAGGUACAACAUUGGAGGCCCUACGUCAUCUAUCCCAAUCCUCUGCUCCUAUUUCUUUGAUGAUGACAAAACUGUGCUCCUGGACACUGUCUACAGUAGACCAACUGAUACAAUCUCCGAAAUGAAGGCAAUUCCUCAGGUGGCAGGUGAACGGUACGGCUCUGGAAAGACUCUCGUCGUGCUUGUCAGCAAGAUCACUUCAGGAGCAGCGGAAGAGUUUGUUUACAUCAUGAAGAAAUUGGGAAGAGCUCUCAUUGUGGGCGAGGUAACAAGUGGCGGGUGUCACCCUCCUCAAACCUACCAAGUAGGCGACACCAACCUUUACCUGACUAUCCCGACUGUCAGAUCAUUCACCCCAACUGAGAAGGCUGCCUGGGAAGGGAUAGGGGUGACACCUCAUAUCGAGGUACCUGCUGAGACAGCACUUGAAAAAGCCAAAGAGUUAAUGAGAAGUCAACUCCAUGGAAGUUCCUAA